AUGCUCAUUCGGCGAGUACUGCCAUGCCUUCAACCUUCUGGCCGUGGUGUGGUCGGCAACCUGCCCUGGUACGCGCGGAGAUAUACUGCAUCCUCCAUCCCGCAAGAGCUUUCACGGCCAAUAGCUCCCAGAGCUACUCCCUUGACUAGCCUCAGACAAGAUCUCGACCGUCUUGCCCCAAGGAUAGACCUCAAUGCUUCAGAUAUUGAGAUCAUCGACUCGCCGAAGGAGUUCUAUUCAACCUUGAAGACUAGGAUACUUGCUGCUCGAAGAAGGAUAUACCUCUCGACGCUCUACGUUGGCAAAUCUGAAGAUGAGCUUGUCAGCACGAUCCGCCACUCUCUCAAUAGCAAUAAAUCCCUCCAAGUCUCAAUCCUAACAGAUGCCCUCCGCGGCACUCGCGAGGCUCCCCAGCCAUCGUGCGGCUCACUUCUUGCACCCUUAGUCAGAGAAUUUCCAGCCAGAGUCGAAAUACGCAUGUACCACACCCCAAAUCUCACAGGUCUAAGGAAAAGUCUCAUCCCAAAGCGCAUCAAUGAGGGUUGGGGACUGCAACACAUGAAGCUCUACGGAUUCGACGAUGAGGUCAUUCUCUCAGGCGCCAAUCUUUCAAACGACUACUUCACGAACCGGCAAGAUCGAUACCAUCUCUUCAAAUCGAAACCAUUAGCAGACUACUUCGCCCAAAUCCAUAACGCAGUAUCUAGCAUUAGCUCUUGUCUCCAGCCUUCUUCCAACCCAGGGGGCUUUUUCCUUCAAUGGCCCUCCACAAACACCAUUUGUCGUCCUCUCGAAGCGCCUAAAACUUACAUCUCAACGGCGACCAAAUUACUGAAGCCCCUUGCUACUGGCGCCUCUACUUUGACUUCUCCGCCAACAACCAACACAUCCGUCUACCCUCUCCUCGUCUACCCACCAACGCUCAACACCGAGCUUCCCACCCUGACAACCCUUCUAUCGGCAACCCGACCCAUUAAAUCAUACACAUUUACAGCUGGCUACUUCAAUCCGCAUCCUCUCGUAACUUCCAUACUACUCUCUCUCUCUUCUCCACCUGCUUCAGUCCCUGGGACUAUCCUCACGGCUUCGCCGUUCGCGAAUGGAUUUUUCGGUUCCCAGGGGAUCAGUGGAAUGUUGCCGGCCGCGUAUUCACACCUUUCGUUGAGAUUUUUGCAGGCUGCAAGAGGCAAGAUGGUUCGAUUGAGGGAGUGGCAGCGUGGUGUUGUGGGGGAGCUAGGGGGUUGGACCUAUCAUGCAAAGGGACUUUGGGUAACUAUGUUGGGUCAGUCGCGCGACUCUAAUGAGGUCGGUAAUGGUGAAGCGAACGAGGGGGAAGAGCUGGCGAUGGCAGGACCCAGUGUCACGCUAAUCGGGAGCUCAAAUUACACGACUCGUAGCUAUGGACUGGAUUUGGAAGUAGGAGCCAUGGUCGUUACCAGUGAUGAGACUUUGCAGAAGAAGUGGAAACGGGAGGAAGAGAUGUUGGGAGAGUAUACGAACCCAGUCACAGAAGAAGAUUUGUGCACUAUAGACAGGAAGGCUACAUGGAAAGUAAGGGUGGCGAUGUGGAUUGUACAAAAAGUUGGAGGCGCACUGUAA